UGACGGGGUAAUUUAGAUGACACAAUGAGCAGCGGAACCGACUCUCGAACAAUUUGGACAAGGGAGAGGCAGGGCAGAGAGGAAAUAUGGGGCAACUUGGUGGUAGUCUUGCUGCUGGAAUUCGAGCAGAGCCGCCAUCUUCCCACCCGAGGCCCCACCAGCGCCGACCAGUUGAGACGCAGAAUUCCCAACCCGCUCGCCCCUCGUCUCUCCCAAGUCCAACACUCUCACGAAGAAGGCUUUAUCGAAUUGCCGUCGCAGAAUUCACGCGGGAGUCGGUUCCUUCGCUCUCAAAAAUCCAUCCACUUUUCGUCUUCUCUGCAGUCAGUCAGUCAGUGUGCGAUUAAUUUCUGGUCCUGCACCCCCUGCGAAAUUAUUGAGAGGACUAGGAUCACAGAAUUAUGUAAAACAAAGUGUGUAGUCUGUCCAGGACAGAAGCAAUUUUGUGAUAUCAAUGUGAUCUUUUAUACUACAACGCAUACCAUAUUUUUAUAAGUUAGCCAAAAAGUGGCUCUGACUUAAGUCAAUGAUUUUGUGAACUGACAAUAUACACUGCCAAAAUGCAGGCUGGAAAAUUCUACAGAGAGCAUCAUGAUAUGGUGACCCCUAAUAUUGCAAACAGGGAAGGAGGGCCUAAAUAUUUAUUCGGUCGAGGAAGAGGCGAACAUGUAAUUCUCUGCACCUCGGAUCUUGUCUCAAGGAACCACUGCGAGGUAUAUUUUCGUAAUGGAGCUUUCUGGAUUAAAGAUUUGAAGAGCCUCAAUGGAACUUACCUCAAUGAGGUCAAGAUCGUGCCAAACAUAGAGCGAGAGCUGCGUUUCGGGGACCGGAUCGGGCUUGGGGUUUCUAUAACUAAUACAGACAUCGACCCCACGGAUCAAUUAUGCUACACUUUUGAAUUUAAGAAAUACGAGUGUGAAGUCAUCGAUAUUAUUGAUGACGAAGAAGACGGUGAAGUUGGCGAAAAGAAUAACAACAAGGAUGGCAAGCUAUUAGCUAAUUCCGCUUCCAAUGAGCGAAAAAUAGAAUGCAAGGAUGAACCUUCCUCACCCAAAAUGAUGCCACCUCCUCCUCCUCCUCAAGCUGCAGUUGUUCCUUCAAGCUCUACACCUAAAGGACCACCCGAUCACUCAGCGGAACACUCUAGUCACACCACCAAUCUUAGUUCCUUGGUAAAAGUAGAGCCAAAGUCUCUUGGAGUACCAGCUUUUCAACAGGAAUUAGAUAAACAGACGCUGCAAGUCAAAAAUCCCAGAUCUUCCCCUAAAUCUUCUAAUUAUCCGGCUCCACAACUUGUUCUAACAUCAACUCGGAAAACAGAGGAUAGAAGGAUUGACAAGACUGAAGCAGGAAGAUUCAAUACCCCUCAGUCACUCCCAGAAACCAUUGACCUAAAGCUCAACCCAUCAGGUUCGACAGUUGGACAAGCCCCCGUCGGUAUUACCUCUGUGAUAUCAUCAAGCACAAACCCCUGUCGGGUUAGUAAAGAAUCUGGCUCUAGCGAUGAUUCGAGCGAUGGAAUGUCAGAAAGCUUAGCGAUCAACACAAAGCCACGUGUAUCUCCAAUAAUUCCAAACAAUUCUUCCUCUGAUGAUGAAUCUCGUAAGUUGAGCCAAAAAGAUUCUACUACUGCUCCUAGUACCCAUUCUACUACUACUCCACCUCCCUGCAAUGCUCCUCCCACACCUCAUAACACUACUAGUAUUCCUCAAUCCCUCGUCUCUGCGACACGACCCAUUAAGCUUGACAAAAAAAUUGUUAUCAAGCUGAAACAACUGAUUCGUUCGGAGAAAGGCUCUCCGACAAUAAGAAAGUGUCAAUUUAUCAGUCUGUCUGAAGCUAAUCGCGAAAAGAUUUUCAGACAGUGGAGAGCUUCCAAGAAGCGCAUCGCAAAGCAGAAAAAGCGCAAUUCGACUCGAUCAGACUCUGAGUCGUCAGAGGACUGUAUGGUCCCUCUAUAUGUCAGGACGAAGCAACAGAAAAAGAACACAACUAUUUGUGAGGGGGAUGCUAAUGACGAUAAGAGCUCAAGAAAUAAAAAGUCGUCUUCUAGUCCACAUAACUCUGAUAAAGCAGUCAAGAGAGUCUCUGUAAAGGACUCAUCAACAACGGACUCCAGUGAUUCUGAUGGCCAGCCAAAGCCUAAACGCUCAAAGAUGUCUCCUGGAGGAAGAGAUGAUGAGCAAGAGUCAGGUCAUUCUAAAAAUGACGAAAAUCAUAAUGAAACAACGCCUGGAUCUCCUGAUAUGUUUAGUUAUUCCCAACCCUACGAGUCACCUGAGCACCAGUCAUUAUCACCCAAUUCAAGCAAUGACGACAUGGACAUCCAAGAAAUGGAUGGCAACCAUGAGGGAGCCCGUAGCAGGAUUAGAAUGCAAUCAGAAAAAAAUAAAGAGUUGAUGAAUGACUUCAAUAAUGUUACUGCUGGACCUUCUACCAAAGUGUCGCCUGUCGUCGUUCCUGCUCCUUCCGCUGAGGACAGAAGAAGGCACGUGGAUCAACCAAGGAGAAGCAAGCUAAUUGAUGAAGCACCACUACCACCUAAUUUGAGGAAAAAGAAUGCAGCUCUUCAUCGGAAAGACCAGGAGUGCAAAAAAGUGGCAAAACAAAUAAACGACAAGAAAGUGAACAAUCAAACAAUUCAAGAACGCCUGAAGACACUCACCGUAGACUCAAAGAAGGUAGCUCAUCCUGAUUCAGAUCUACCAAAACCUUUUUUGCGUGCUCCAGUUCACAUUAAAACUACCGGAAAGAAUAGGAAUGAAAUAUUUUUGGCAUCAUUAAUCGAAAGUAGUACAAAGCGCCCAGAGGAGGCUAAAGUUCAUAAUAUUAAUAACAGUCCCAAUAUUGAACAAGAUAAUGCAGCAGCAACAACAACGCCCGUAGUUGAACAGAGGCGAGAUGUUAUCCCAAAGCCAGUCGUUGUACCCCCAAGACGCGAACUCCCUCCCAUGCCAUCUCCUACCACACAAUCAAGAAUGCCCCUUAACAUUAUCCGUCCGUCCGUUCACAUUCCCUCGCGAUCGGAUAAUGUAGCAGUCCCACCCAUUAAACCAAAACCUACAUCGACGACGACGCGAGCAACAGGAAUACCACAGUAUGGUGGGGUUAACAUUAUGGAGAAACCAGGCGUCGCUUUUGGAAGACAACAAUUUGAUCGAGAGCUUUACGAUUAUGGUCAUAACUCGGUCGUACCAAAGAAAACUAACGAAUCGAGUGGAAGAAAUAAAGACUCUCAUCUUCUUGUUAAAGAUGACGAAGUUUACAGACGAAUCUUAAAAUGGAGACCAGCGUGGCUAGAGGAGCAGAAAAAAGUGAAAGGUCUUAUAGGUCUUCCUCCUAUCACUGGGAAAUUAGAGAUUGUCCGUACUUUGUUGGAUUACGUGGAUUAUAAAUCCUACAUCUUGACCUUUUUGCCUUUAAUUCUGUUAGAAAUUUGGGCUACGAUAACACAGGAUUCGUCCAAGAAAAGAUCUCCGGGGCCGUCACGUCCAGCACAAAUCUCUGAAUUUCCCAUAGCUAUUACGAAUAUCACAACAACAGAUACGUGUCCUAUGAUGGAUACAAGGUGGGCAAAUGCAGAGUCCAAGGCAAACGACAAUUAUUACACGGUCAUUGACUGUUACGCGAUUAUGAAUCACAAAUCAGCAAUUAAUCAAAAACUGGACUUGGCGAUUGCAACGUUCGUAGCUCAUUGCCGGGACCCGAACAAUCCCAACGAAGUUGCAACAAAGCAAUGUGAAAGAGAGCUUUUCGGUUUUAUUCUGACAGGAUCAGAUAAAACAUUCCCGAUUGAUGGGAAUUGUGUUAUUCAUCCAAAAUUGAAGGAGGACAAUCCAAAUGGAAAAUAUAAAUGUACCUUCCAAGUUGUUGUGCAUUCUGGGGAACGAUUGGAUAAACUACAACUUGGGAAAAUACAGAAAAUUGCCUACGUUAAUCCGAAGCUUCGAGAUGUCAAAGCACUUUUAUACUUGAAACAUUCAAAGCUGUACGAAAACAUACUUUGUCCGAAAAUUCCUAAAGUUCCUUGGGAUCCUUAUGCCACACUUUCUCAGCAUAAUCUUGUUCAACAUGUGACAAGGCUCAAUCAUACGCAAAAAUCCGCUGUGGCGUAUAUUGGGGAAAGGGUAAAAAGCAGCGAUCCGGAACUCAUCUUGGUUCAGGGACCCCCAGGAACUGGAAAAACAAGGACUAUAGUUGGAAUGAUCCUUCAAAUAUUAUCAUAUAAACAAAUCAAUAGAGCCGUUGAUAGAAGAAUUUUGGUGUGCACUCCCAGCAAUACAGCCGUCGAUGAGAUCAUGCUUCGACUAGAAGAUGCAAUUAAAACCUUACCUUCCACCGUUUCAAGUGAAAUAAAUAGGAUCGUGAUGCUCAGAUGCGGGGAAACAGAAAAAUCUUCAAUGAAAAAGUAUGGGAUAGAUGCGUAUUUAAAGAAACAAGAUGAAGUGGGCUCAAUGAAUAGUAGCAUCAGAAAAUCGAUUGAUUUAUGCAAAAAGACUAUAACUUCAAAAGAUGCAGAGAUGGAAUUGCUCAAGAAAAAUAGUGGCACAUCCUCCAAAACACGGAUGGAGGCACUGAGCAGGGAGUUGGUCGAACUUCAUAAUCAAAUGAAACAGUACAAUCAUGACCUUGAUAAAACGAGAUCCCAAAAGGGCAGCCAUUCCUUUGACGAGAAGAGACGAGUGCUUGAGAAUGCAAAUGUUAUAUUUAGCACGUUAAACUCUUGCAGUAUUCAGGUGCUGACUAGCAUGUUUGGUCCACGCUCUGGCAGGAAAUCGAAACCCUUCAUGUGCUGUAUUGUGGAUGAGGCGUCACAGACGACGGAACCAGAGACGUUAGCUCCCAUUCUGCUUCAAGUAGAUAAAUUAGUUCUUGUUGGAGAUCCGCAGCAACUUGGCGCUACAGUUUUAUCCAAAGAGGCUGAAAGCAAGGCAUUCGGAGAGUCAAUGUUUUCCCGACUAUACAAUUACCAUACACAAUUAGCAUUUGACAUGCACAGGCCACCGUCUGAUUACAUAAUAAUGCUGACGCAGCAGUACCGGAUGCACCCGGAAAUAUUGCUGUGGCCCAAUGAGUAUUUUUAUAAAGGGCUUUUGAGGACUCAGUGCCUUGGUCGCUCGGCAGAUGAGGGCUGUAGCUUGAAACCGUAUUUAUUCCUAAAUUUAUCCAGCCAAGAAACCUCCAAUCGAUUAGGACAAAUCAGCAAUGAAGAUGAGUCGAAGAUGGUCCUGGGAGUACUUCGAAAUAUUCAUCUCAUGGAAUCCGAAAAGAAUCGAAAGUUGACAAUUGGUGUUAUAACUCCGUACAAUACUCAAAAGAAAACAAUCACCAGCGACAUACAAAGAGAAUUGAGUGCCCUUGUGGAUGCUGUAGAAGUUGAUACAGUGGAUAGCUUUCAAGGCAGAGAAAAAGAUAUAAUUAUUAUAUCUUGUGUUCGAACAGAAGAUACUGGAUUUCUUAAAAAUCCCAAACGUCUUAAUGUUGCAUUGACAAGAGCUCGUCAUUCACUUCUUAUUAUCGGGGAUGCCGACUGUCUGGAAAAGGAUGCCAUGUGGAAAUCUCUCAUUGACAAUGCCAGGGAAAGAAGGUGUUUGCAUAACAUCCCGAGGACGGAAUGGACCGCUCCUGGAUUUUUGAGGAAGCGGCUGUUUUCAGUUUUAGCCCCGUAAAACCUACAAUUAGCAGUGGCGAUUUGGCCCGAGUCAGGGUCAGCGUCCGUUUCUAAAUUCUUGUCAGAUAACCAAACAUUACCAGCUACUCUUCGUAAUCAUCGAAAUGUUCCAUAACUCAUCGUGCCAAAAUUCAGCUUUUUCGGCCAAUUUCAAAAACCAGUGUUGGGCAUCUUCUGGAUUCCUAUCAAAAAUAUUCAUAAACGUGACUUUAUAUUUUUUAGUCUGAUGUACCAUUGCGUCUUGAUACCAAAUUGCAUCGUAGGAGGAUGAGUUUAACGAGAGUUAUCGCGACUAAGUGCCAUAAGCCCUGCCUCAGACUAAUGAAUUAAGAUUCCCGAAGAUACACUUACAAUGUUUAAGCUCAAGCGACAAAAUCCGACAUGAUAUUGUAAUGAAUUACAUUAACCUAUAUUAGUUAUUAUUCCCGGCUGCAGAAAUCUCAAUUUUUAUAUAUUUUACUGCACAGUUAUAGUUAAACUGGUUAUUUGACGUCUCAUUAUUCAGAUACUUAUGGAAAAUCAAUAAGUACAACAUGAAUUAGUAAUGUAAAAACAUACAUUUAAUUUCAACAUGUUUUUUUAAUAUUUAAACUAUAUGCUUCACAAUGAAAUAAUCAAUCAAACUUGUUACUUGAGUCCUGUCAAACCAGAUCAUAAGACUGAAAAUAAAUUAAUGGAUCCGAAAUGUUUUCGAAAGCAAUGAAAUAAGUAA